CGGGCACGGCCUCAGCAGAGCGGGAGGUGCGUAGCGGCCGAGCGGGAGGUAGCAGGCGCUAUGCUGUCACCGGAGGCACAGCGGGUGCUACGGUACCUGGUGGAGGUGGAGGAGCUCGCCGAGGAGGUGUUGUCGAACAAGCGGCAGAUUGUAGACCUGGACACCAAACGGAAUCAGAACCGGGAGGCCCUGAGGGCCCUGCAGAGGGAUCUCAGUGUCUCUGAAGAUGUGAUGGUUUGCUUCGGGAGCAUGUUUAUCAAGAUGCCUCACCCUCAGACGAAAGAAAUGAUUGAGAAAGAUCAGGCUCAUCUGGAUAGCGAAAUAGAGAAACUCCGGAAACAACUUAAACUGAAGGUCAACCGCCUCUUUGAGGCCCAAGGCAAGCCGGAGCUGAAGGGUUUUAACCUGAACCCCCUUAGCCAGGAUGAGCUUAAAGCUGUCAAGGUCAUCUUAAAAGGAUGAAGCUCAAGAACCAAGAUGGGGGACUUAAAACCAGCAUUCCCCCUUGGGGUCAUGGAGGACCCAGGACCCUCAGCCUUGAAGCCUGCAAGGACAGGAUCUGCCCUGUGAGGGGGCAGGCAUCUGGAGUCUGGCCAUGGCUCCUGUAUGAAGCUUUUCUCUCUAGCACUUGGCGGCUCUGGAAGGCAGGUGGGAACCUCAGCCUGCAGUGUCUCCCGGGCCUGACUGCCGGACUGGGUGGACACAAGACCCUUUGACAGGCCCCGGCAGCCACCAGUGGGUGGGUGGGGGUGUGAGAAUGACUGCAACAGGCAGUUCUCAACAAUGGCCUGCUGUUCACACGGGCUCCGGGAAGGGUAGGGGGAAGAACGAGAGCUUCAUUCCAGCAUUCCUCUCAGGGAGAGAGACACGGUCAAGCACGUGUGUAAUGGAAUCAGAAUAAAACAAGGAGACUCCCAGGUGGUUCUGAGUGAAGGACAGGGAUCUCUCUGCUUCCUGGUUCACCAUGGCUAUCUGUGGGGCAGACACAUUUCCUUCCUUCUGCCUCCCCUUUUGCCCGUUUUUUCCUGCUUGUUCCCAGGAUGGAGCCCAGAGUGGGUGCUACUAUCAACCUCGGUAUCUGCUUUUUAGUCAGGAAGGCCUUGUGGAGUCCUGCACCAGGAAUGGACGAGUGGGGCUGCCUCUAACUUGCUGCACAUGGAUGGGAUGGCAAGGAUGCCCUCCUCUGCCUCUGAGAGCGAGGCCUGCCAGGGCCAGCCCCACUUACAGCUCCCUUCUGCCUUCCGCAGUCUGAGGUCCUAACGUGAAUGUGCGGCUUUUGUGCUCAUUGAGGGCUCAAUAAAUACUUGCUAAAUGAACGAAUAGCA